ACUGCGGACGACGACGUUAAGCAGUUUGUGUGACUAAUGCUCGUCAUAUGACUAGGCCACAAAUGGAGUCGUUCGAAACGAAUUGAGGGUGUUACGGAAAUAAUCAGAAAACGAGGAUUAUACGUGUGAAAUAGCAGGUCAAAUAUGCCACCUACGCUGUUUCACAAGCUUUUUAAUAAAAGAAAUGCUUUUACGCCGCCGCCGAAGUGCGACAAGGACGGAGCUGUGUUCAGCAUCUGGCCAUCCCCAGAGCUGGAGCCCAACCAGAUCCGCCUUAUUGUCUACCAAGACUGCGAGAGAAGAGGCCGAAAUAUCCUGUUUGACUCUGAGGCUAAGAAGAAAGGUAUGGAGGAAGCCUCAGUCAUGAAGACAUGUGGUGAGUCUCAAGCUAAAAUAUUCAGAAAAUGUUGUACACUGAGGCCAACAGGAGGAAGCGCCAGCUCUCUGGACAGCAGUUCUUCUUGUGUCCCAGAAUCUAUAGACCACAAUCAUUUCCAGGGUGCGUCACAAUGCUCCUCUGACCCCGAUAUGCUUGCCGAGAUGAUGUUUGGCUCAGUGGCAAUGAGCUACAAAGGGUCUACACUGAAAAUCCAUCAAAUUCGAUCCCCCCCUCAGCUGAUGCUUAGCAAGGUGUUUACAGCAAGGACUGGUGGCAGUGUGUAUGGUAGCCUGAACACGCUUCAAGACAGUUUGGAGUUCAUCAAUCCAGAGUCAAGGGCUGUCAAGCCAGAUCAGAACACAGUGGUCAGUGGCUUCCUGGGAAGCAUAGGAUUUUCUCAGCUGUGCAGCCCUCGUCGGGCCUUCUCUGAGCAGGGCCCGCUCCGUCUCAUCAAGAGUGCCUCUUUCUUUUCAGGUCACAGUAACCCUAUGGACAUGCCUGCUCGAGGACCAUUCAGUGAGCGAGAGAAUGGCAUUGCAAGAUCAGCAUCUCUCAGUAGCCUGCUGAUAACACCGUUUUCAUCACCUGGCUCUUCUCUGACUAGUAGCUGUGCCAGUAGCUACCAACGCCGGUGGCUACGUAGUCAGACCACCAGCUUGGAAAAUGGUGUCUUCCCUCGAUGGUCUGUAGAAGAGAGCUUUAACUUGUCAGAUGAGGGUGGUGUCUCAAGUUUAGGAGUAGCAAGGAAAAAGAAGAUAGCCAUUGGUAUCAUCUUCCUUCUGUCACCCAAUGAAGAUGAGAACAGCAAGUUCAAGGAGUUUUUCUUCUCCCAUUUCCCACUCUUUGAGAGCCACAUGAACAAACUGAAAAGUUCAAUUGAACAGGCUAUGAAGAUGAGUCGACGGUCAACUGAUGUUAGUCAGAGAAUCUUGGCUCACAACCGCAUGGUGGACAGCCUCAAUGAAUUUAGGAUGAUUAUCUGUAAUUUGUAUACUAUGCCACGUAUGCCUGAGCCUGUCUGGCUCACAAUGAUGUCCGGUGCACUUGAGAAGAACCAACUUUGUGGGCACUUCAUGCGGGAGCUCUCUUUACUCAUAGAACAAGCCUCAAAGAACCAGUUUGUUCCAGCACUUCUUACAGCUGUGCUUACUAACCACCUGGCUUGGGUGCCUACAGUCAUGCCCAACGGCCAACCACCUAUUAAGAUCUUUCUGGAAAAACAUUCCUCAAAAAGUGUGGACAUGCUAGCCAAGACGCAUCCCUACAACCCGUUAUGGGCUCAGCUUGGCGACCUGUAUGGUGCGAUUGGCUCACCGGUGCGUCUUUCACGCACAGUGCUGAUUGGGCGGCAAAAGGAACUGGUUCAGCGGCUCUUGUAUGUGCUUACAUAUUUCAUCCGAUGCUCAGAGCUAUUGGAGACCUAUGCUCUUGAGACUGAAAAUGCUGACAAUGAUGAUGAGGCUUUUGCUGUGCCUGGAUCAGUUAUUACAACUUCAUUGUGCCGUGGAGAGGUAGAGGAGUCAGAUUAUGUGAUGGUUACUGUGCACAAGCCUAACUCAGACGGCAGUGAAACAGACUUAAAGGAAGAGCAGCAAAAGGAGCAGAUUAUUCAGGGCAUCACAGCUCAGGAUCAGAGUGGCAAUCAGAACUGCCAAGAGGUUAGCAGUCAGUUAGUUAGCCCAUUAACGGAGACAUUGGUAAAGGUGGGCACUGCCUCACUGAUUACCAAUGCCCCUCUGUUAGAUGUACAAGGAAAAUCAGAUGUGUGUAACUCUGAUGUGUCACCCAGCUUGUUUCCUGUAAAGAUUGUUCGGUCUUCAGGGAUUCCAUUGGAGAAGAAGCCACCUGAUAAAAGCACAACACUGACCUCUUUUCUCAUGGAUGAAGAAGAAGAAGAGGAGCCUGGGACUAGAGUGACCUUUCUUAUUGGAGAGUCCAUGUCGCCUGAGUCAGACACUGAGAGUCAGAGGCAUGAGGUUGAAGAUGAGCUCAAGAAACACAAAAAGCAUUUUACUGAAAAACGACAGCAGCAGUAUUGCCAUAUAAAGCAGCAGUGUGAAACUGUAUUGACUAAGCCUUUAACAACAGGCCAAAUUCAAAGCAAGGAUGAUAAAACCUUGUCAUAUAUCACCAGGAGUCUUCCAUGCAUUAAUCCUGAAGCCCAGGAGGAGUGCAUAGACCUGUUUGAUGAGUAUUUCAGUGAUGGGAACUCUUUGGAAACAAGAACUAUCAGUUCUGCCUCCAAAGCAGCUUCACAUGAGGUUGCAGAUACAAACAAAUAUAGUUUGCAAGAGACUUGGAUUGAAUCCCUAGUUAGGACACAUAAACAGGUUUGUGAGCACAGGGAGCAGGCAAUAUGUGAAUGUAGUACAUAUCCUAUUAACAGAGGCUGCUAUACAAAAUGUUCUGUUGACCAGGACGAAAGCAUCAGAGUUUCACUCAAUGUACCAGAUGUAGAGAAAAAGCAUAAGAAGACAUCCCCCCUGAAUGAGUGGGAGAUUCCACGAAAUGAGAGUUCAGACAGUGCACUGGGAGACAGUGAAAGUGAGGACACAGGACAGGAAAUACCCAGACUAGAGCAAGAGACACAACACUUCAGCGAAACCCAAAUUGACUGGCAAGAAGAGAUUGAGGUACCAUUCUCUGGGGCAAAGCUGUCUGAAUACUGUUCCAAAUCAAGUAUUGCUAAUUUUGGGAGAUCACUGUUUGGAAGUUACUGUCCUACUUAUGUACCGGACUUUGUUCUACAUGGAAUUCCCAAUGACAACAAACUGAGGCAAAGCCUUGUGUCUGACUUGGCCCAUGCAGUCCAGCAUCCUGUAUUGGAUGAACCUGUAGCUGAGGCUGUCUGCAUUAUUGCAGAUACAGACAGGUGGACAGUACAGGUGGCCAGUAGCCAGAGACCCAGCACAGAGAAUAAGCUUGGAAAAGAUGUACUGGUAUCAAACCUUGUGUCCAACCUGCUACAAUCCACCCACCAGCUCUAUCGUCUCAAUCUGUCUCCCAACUUUUGCAUAAUGCAUCUAGAAGACCGACUUCAGGAGCUCUAUUUCAAGAGCAAAAUGCUUGCUGAGUACCUGAAAGGACAGACCAGGGUGCAUGUCAAAGAGCUAGGCAUGGUUCUCGGAAUUGAGUCCAGUGACCUGCCCUUGCUGGCAGCAAUUGCAAGCACACACUCACCUUAUGUGGCCCAGAUCCUGCUGUAAAGGACAUGGAGAUUUAUUAAAACUUCCCCAUUUUAGGGGUGGUUUAGUUUCAAUUGGGGCAUAUUUUAGUCUGUUUGCUAAAUCUGAGUCAGAGUGAAUUUGAUAUUUUGGGUUUGUUUGCCGUUUGUUUUGGUUUUGUUUCGAAUUGCACAUAAGCAAGAAAUUGGCUAAGGGUUGUGUUGGGCUAAAAAUGUAUUGUGACAUUUUAAUAUAUUGUUCAAAAAAAUAAAAAUAGGAAGGGUGAACAAAUCUUAGCAAGUGCAUGGAGAAAUAACUAUCACCAAAGCACAGGUAAUUUAAAGCCAGAACAAAAUAAAUAAACAAAUAAAUUAACAAUAAUUUAAAAAUAAAUAAAUAAAUAAUUGCAUUAAUAAGUUUUAAAUCAGUUUGUGUAUUUUAUCCAACAUCUAAUCAUCUGCAAGUCCAAUUAACCAGAACAUGUGACAUCAUUAAAUUGUCUCAGUUUGUAUCUCACAGGUCAGAUCACACUGUUUUUUCGUUGUUGUCUGAAAACCUGAUUGCAACUACUGUGUCCUCACCUGCUCAAAUAAUCAUACUGAGCAGGAAGCAUCAUGGUUUGAUACAAACUGACAGAAAGCUGUGAGAGCCCCUGAAGCCUUAACAAAAGUUGUGAGUAAUCAUAGUAUAGCAGUAAGUUUCUGUAUUCUGUAUAAAUUACUGAAAAUAUCAGAUUUAAUUUUCAUUUCAAAGAUAACAGUCUUGAAAAUUGCCUUAAAGACAAAUUUGUUACUGAAUUACAUCUUUAUAGAUUAUACUAAUUUCAGGCCUUUUCCCUGGAAUAAUAAAGGCCAGAAAUGAAUGACAAGACACAAGGCUAUUUACAAAAUAAAAAUUAACAUACGUAAAAGAUAUAUACUUUGGAAAGUGUGUUAUUAAAAAUUAUUUAUUUUUAAUUAUGUUCAUUUUUAAUUAAAUUAUCAAGUUUCAGAAAAUAUUGUUUGUUUACCAUAAUAAUCACGUCUCUGUGUAAAUCAGCUGAAGAGGUGAAGAAACUCAUUAGUACUGCACUACCUCAAAUAAUGGAGGUGAUUAUGCACAGAGCAUUUUUACUGGAGUUGUUUUCUUCUUCCAUUCAGGUAGAAUAAACAAAUGCUGUGAUGGGUUGCAAAAAGAUUUGUAUACAACAUUUUUGUUUGAAAGUAAAGCACGACGAUAUCAUACAUUGAGUUUUCUCCAGAUUUGCAGCCACUAUUCUAUGUUUACUUCUGAAGAAAUGGAAUAACAAGUACAGUAUAUGGACAAAUAUUUGUAGACACCUGAGCAUAUGUGCUUUUUAAACAUUUCAGAUUUAGGCUUCCUACUAUUUUGUUAAAUAACCAUCACUAUAAUGGGAAGGAUUCCACUAGAUUUUUUUAAACAAACACAGGGCUCAUUUAGCAACAAGAGCAUUAGUGAUGUCCGGCACAAACAUUGGGAGAGGAUACCUGGGUCUGCAAACCAAGUCUUCUUUGUCGUUAUUUUGUGCAAAGAGCAUUGUCAUGUUCAACAUGUUUUGGCUGAACACCAUAGUUGAGGGAAAUUGUUAAUGCGUACAAAGAUAUCCUAUAUGAUUGUGCCUCUCAAUUUUGUGGCAACUGGGAAAGUGAUUAGGUGUCUAUAGACAUUUGAUCAUAUAGUUUGUAUGUCUGUCCAAAAUGACCCUCAAGAGAGUGAUGAAAUUUCAUAUUACAAUUGUUUUAUUUUAUUUUAUUUUUUUUUUACUCAUUUUAGCAGAUUUUUUUGUUCUGAGGCCAUUCAUCUGAGUCUUAACAUGGAAAAACAACAUAAGACUUUGCCUAGGUAAUUUUAAACAACAAUAUUUUAAAUAUUUGAGUUAAAUAUAAUGAAUGAGAUGCAUUCAUCAUUUGUCUAUAAUGUGUAUUUAUGUCUAAUUAUUUCUACACAAUCAUAUUUAAAUGAUUUUGCAUAGCAUGUGGUGGUUCACACAAAUUGUAUAUAUUGCCUAGAUUUCUGUCAUGCACUUGUACAUAUAUUUUCUUACGGCCUUUCUUCCUUUUAGUUUUCCCAAUUCUAUGGGAAUAUUGUGCAAUAAAAGUCAAGGUUAAACAGU